AUGGAAAAAAUAUCAGUGAAUGAGAUUCGGGAGUUCUCAGAUAAUGAGAGCAAUAUUCUACCAGCAUUGAGGUUAAGUUACCAUUAUCUUCCUUCACACCUAAAGCAGUGCUUUGCUUUCUGUUCAAUAUUCCCGAAGGACUACAAAUUUCAAAGGCAGCAAAUGGUCUUGUUAUGGAUGAAAGAAAAUCUUUUGCAACAAGCAAAGAGAAAUGAGAGAAUGGAAGAUAGAGGAGAUGAAUGUUUUUAUGAGUUGGUGUCUAGAUCAUUUUUUCAAAGAUCGAGUAGUGCACAAGAAUAUUGCUUUGUCAUGCAUAAUCUUGCUCAUGAGUUAGCCAAAUUUGUAUCCAGGGAAUAUUGUUUUACAUUUGAAGAGGGCAACUCCAAGGAAGAUGUGAUAAAGGUGCGUCAUCUAGUUGUUUUAACAUCUGUUUCCUUGAAGAGGUUCAAUUCUAUUUCUGAAGCAACUUGCUUGCGUACCUUUUUACCAUUAUCUGAAUAUUCAUUUUGGAACUUAACUAAGGAAUUAGUGAUUAAUAUUAUAUUGAAGUUGAGGUAUUUGAGAGUAUCAUCAUUACUUGGGUGUGAAAAUAUGAAGCAACUGUCUGAAUUGAUUGGUGAGCUAAAACUUCUUUGCUUCCUUGACCGCUCUAGAAGUUUAAUCGAAAGUUUGCCAGAAUCUAUCUCCAUGGAGAAAGCAUUGUGUUUGUCUUGGAAAGGCCAUGCUAAUGAUUCAAAACAUGACAGAGAAAUACUUGAACAGCUAUUUCCUCACACAAACUUGAAAAUUCUUUCCAUUUAUGGAUAUGGAGGUACAACAUUCCCAUAUUGGUUGGGGGAUCCUUCAUUCUGCAGCACAUUAAUUAUAAGACUUGAGAACUGUAAGUUCUGCAACUGUUUACCACCAUUUGGACAGCUACCUUCCCUCAAAACUCUUUAUAUUAUGGGCUUAAGUGGGGUGGUGACUGUGGGUGCUGAGUUUUACGGGUAUAGUGCAUCUAAUUCUAUGAGAAAGCCAUUUGCAUCACUGCAAUUCUUAAGUUUCAGUGAGAUGUUAGCAUGGGAAGAAUGGUCUUCAAUUGAAGUUGAAGAUAGUGAAGUUUUCCCUAGGCUCCAGCAAAUUGAAAUAUAUAACUGUGGUAGGCUAAAUACUGCUGAUUUGCCUCAAACCCUUCCAUGUUCAGCUAAGCUUAUAAUUGAUGGGAGCAAGGUUCUAGUUUCAUCUCUCCCAAGGAGUUCAGCUAUCCAAGACUUGGAGUUAGGCAAGUGUGAAGAACCACAGCUGCAGGAACUUCAGCAAACAGUGGAAUCACUUGGAAUUGAAGGAUGCCAUGGUCUAGAAUCAUUGGUAGAAGCAUUAAGAGAGAGCCAAAAACCUCGAGUCUUUAGUCACUUGCAAAUUGUGAACUGCCCCAAUUUCACAUCUUUUCCUGAAAGAGGUUUCCAUGCACCCAGUCUGGCUGGUUUUGCAGUUGGAGAUUGCAAGAAACUAGAGAAAAGGUGGAAUUUGCAAAAACUCCAUGCUCUUAAACAGUUAACAAUUACAUAUGAAUUUGGAGGUGCAGGUGGGGAAUCGUUUCCAGAGGAUGGUAGGCUGCCUUCAACUCUUACUGUUCUUAACAUCUCUGGAACUGCAAGUCUUAAGAGGGUGAACGUUAAGGGCCUUCAACAAAUCACCUCUCUUAACUCUCUGUUUUUGUAUCUUUUAACCCCUUUUAGAGUAAAUAUUAUGUAA